AUGCUCGCUCAGAUCUUACAUGAUCUUUACGUUCCACGAGAAUUACUUGAUGGACUACCUGAAGAUCAAAAACAAUUGCUUUUCUGUAAAAUGCGCGAAGAACAAGUUCGACGAUAUCAUGAACGAGAAGAAGAAGAAGAAGCAGCAGCAACAUUGAAAACAACAGUGCAAACGAAAAUUAAAAAGAAGAAUGACAAACAUGUGACGUUUCGAAUGGCUGCUGAUGGAAAUGAAUGGGUGAGGGUGAUGGGAGAAGAAUCAGAAAUACCAACGAGAAUUUCUAAUGAUCGGUUCAAUACCAAAAUUACUGCAAAUAGUGAACUUUCCAGUCAGCUUAGUGCUAACUAUACAUCGUCACCAAAAUCGGGAAGUUUUUAUACUGCAUGUCAUGAUGAUGAACGAAAACAGAUCGAAAAGAUUUCAAAUAAUAUUCAAGAAGCGCGUCGUGUUUUUGAGCGUUUAGAAUCCGAUACGCAACGACUUGUAUCGAAAAAAGAGAAUGAACUUUUGCAACGAUCAAAGUCUUCCCCUUUACCUCAAAUCCCUCAAACUGAUGUGGUUGAUGAAAUGUUCUAUCUUGAAGUUGAAGAACGUGCGAAAAAGGCUGAACAAGAACGACGCGAAAUCGCACGACGUGCUCGUGAUAAUUAUCAUCGAAAUUCAGCUCAAAUAAAUGUAUGUUUCGAUACAGAUAAUCACGCAACAGUCCUUCUUCAACCACCACCACCACCAUUAAACACUUCAGACAAGAUCAACCGAGAAUCAGAAAAUGGCAAACAGAUUCAAAUCGAAAUGACCUCGAAAGAAUCUCGUGAACAAGAUGAACAAUUAUCUAUGAAAGAUACUGAACAUCAACGAUCUAAACCUAUACUUCCAUUAACACGUGAAGAUAUCCGUCAAUGGUUCUGUACGAUCGAAAUACCAUACAGUACAUUCCGUUCUCCUAGCGGCGAAAUAUAUCCAUGGUUUCACGGAAUCAUUACUCGUGCAUAUGCAGAACAAAUUCUAUCGACAAAACCAAUCGGUAGUUAUCUAAUACGUGUCAAUGAGAAAAUCUAUGGCUAUGCCUUGUCAUAUCGUGCGUCAGAUCAUUGUCGUCAUUUACUCAUUGAGGUGAUUCUCUCAUCCAAAUAUGAGGAUCAUCAAAAGCAAAUGCGUGUCUAUCGAUUUCUUGGUGGUGCUAAACAAGAAAUAUUUCUUCAUUUGAAUGAGCUCAUUGAAAAAUAUAGUAAUACUCCGAUUCGAUCCAAUUCUUCCGAUGUUCUUCGUUAUCCAUGCGGUCAAAUCGAUUCUGAGAAGCUCGAUUAUGCUGAUCUAUUUCUUGAAAAUCGAAAGGAUAAACAAUACGAAUCGCUGUACAUAUCCUUAGAAACAACCACAUCUCCUCCCCAAUCCAGCACAAACUUGUAG